ACAAGUUUCGAUACAACAUGGGAACUAUAUUUGCACUCCCGCAGUCUUUCGUCGAACAUAUUUCAGAGACGGACUCAGACGGUUAAAUGGAUUUAAACAAACGCUAAAAGAUUUAUCUGAGCUGGAAACUGAAAGAUGAGGAGGAAUGAGUCAACCGAAGUUUCUGAGCGGUUUGAAUAUUUACAAACUCUGGUGACUGAAUUUCAGGACACGGACAGCGAAGAGGCCAAGCAGCAGGUUCUGGCGAACCUCGCCAACUUUGCCUACGACCCAAAGAACUCUGAGCAUCUCCUGCAGCUGCAGGUGCCGGACCUGUUCCUGGACAUGCUGACCGAGGACAACGAGGACUUUGUGGAGUUCGGGAUGGGGGGGCUGUGUAACCUCAGCAUGGACCCCGACUGCAGAGACGUCAUCCUGCAGAGCGGCGGCGUCGGCUCCGUCACCAACUGCCUGUCCAGCCGGAGGGAGGAGACGGUGCUGUCGGCCAUCACCACCCUCAUGAACCUCACCACGGCGGCCACGCGCGCUCAGACCACCGAGCCGGGCGUCCUGCAGUGCAUGCUGCGCUUCUCGCUCGCAGAGAGCCCCCGUCUGCGCAGCCUGGCCUCCGUCUUCCUGCAGGACUGCUGCAGCCGGGAGCAGGUGAGGCGGGCCGAGCAGCAGAUGCAGGGCCCGCAGACGGCGGUCGGGAUCCCGCUGCCCAAAGACUGA